AUGGAAGGCAUAGUGACCAACGGCUCAGCCGAUGGCCCCCCUGGGCCUUCCCCAGACCUUAUCGAGCGCCCACCAACUCCGCCUCCACCUCCUCCUGAGGACGUGGGUGCUCCGCCGCCACCUCCAGAUACUGGAGUUCCUCCCCCUCCACCAGAAGAUGCGCCGCCCGCGCCUCCCAUCGAAGUCAAGAAGAAGAAGCUGGGAUGGGGGGCGAAGAAGCCAGCCGCAGCUCCACUGAGUGUGGAAGACCUCAUCAAGAAGAAGAAAGAUGCGGACGCGGCAGCUGCCAAGCCGAAAUUCUUGUCUAAAGCACAACGUGAGAAACUUGCACUCGAGAAACGAGCAAAAGAAGUAGAAGCUGAACGGCAAGCUAAGGCGUCCUCCAACGGUGCCACUCGCAAUGGUGUUCCAUCCGAGUCGCGGCCAGUGAGACCAGUUGAAUCGCAACAUGAUCACCGAGAUUCAGCUGGACGAGUCCCCACCGGGCCACGCGCCAUGCGCGGCGACAUCCCCACAGGACCGGCUGCGUCACGAAAUGGACAGCCACAACGGAACCGCGACAUGGAACCACCGUCUCAUCCGAGGUCGAAGAAUCCCAAGGGGGAGAAGCGGCCGACGGAGGAAGAUGAGGCUACGGCACAAGCAGCACUCUUAAAACAACGAUACAUGGGGACGGAACAGACCUCGAACUUCUCGGCACAAAAGAAGCGCAAGCGCACCACAGACCGGAAAUUCAAUUUUGAAUGGAAUGCCGAGGAAGAUACUAGCGGCGACUACAACCCACUAUACCAGAGCCGACACGAGGCAAACUUCUUUGGUCGUGGCCGCUUGGCAGGAUUUGGAGAUGACGUUGCGGAUAACAUGGUGCGCAAGUAUGCGCAAGCACUGGAGACCCGGGAUCAGGAGUCCGGUAGCAUGCGAGCCAAGGAGAUCUUGGAGAUGGAGCGUCGACGCCGUGAGGAGAGCACGCGGAAUCAACUCGAUAAGCACUGGAGCGAGAAGCGACUGGAACACAUGCGCGAGCGUGAUUGGCGUAUCUUCAAGGAAGAUUUUAACAUUGCUACCAAGGGUGGAAGUGUGCCUAAUCCCAUGCGCUCAUGGGAGGAGAGCCAGUUGCCGAAGCGUUUGCUGGAGCUCAUCGAUCGUGUUGGUUAUAAAGAGCCCACCCCCAUUCAGCGCGCGGCUAUUCCAAUUGCCCUUCAAUCGCGCGAUCUCAUUGGUGUCGCUGUGACUGGUUCCGGUAAAACAGCUUCAUUCCUGCUCCCACUCCUGGUUUACAUCUCAGAGCUUCCACGGCUUGACGAGUUCGAAUGGCGCAAGAACGACGGACCAUAUGCGAUUGUCCUAGCGCCUACUCGUGAAUUGGCCCAGCAGAUCGAGAUUGAGGCUAAGAAGUUCACACAGCCACUGGGCUUCAACGUCGUCAGUAUUGUCGGUGGUCAUUCGCUCGAGGAACAAGCGUUCAGCCUGCGCGACGGUGCGGAAAUCAUCAUCGCCACUCCUGGUCGUCUCGUCGACUGUAUUGAGCGCCGAAUGCUCGUGCUCAGCCAAUGUUGCUACGUGAUUAUGGAUGAAGCCGAUCGUAUGAUUGAUCUCGGUUUCGAGGAACCCGUCAACAAGAUCCUCGACGCUCUUCCAGUCACAAACGAAAAGCCCGACACGGAAGAAGCCGAGAAUCCACGCGCCAUGAAACAGCACCUCGGCGGACGAGACCGGUACCGCCAAACAAUGAUGUACACAGCCACCAUGCCCGUGGCCGUCGAGCGCAUCGCGCGAAAAUACCUCCGUCGUCCGGCUAUCAUCACAAUCGGCGGCGUCGGCGAAGCAGUAGACACAGUCGAGCAGCGCGUCGAGAUGAUUCCCGGCGAAGACAAGCGGAAGAAGCGACUCGCCGAGAUUCUGUCCUCCGGCGACUUCCGACCCCCGAUCAUUGUCUUUGUCAAUAUCAAGCGUAACUGCGAUGCUAUCGCUCGCGAAAUCAAACAAAUGGGCUUCUCGUCCGUUACUUUGCAUGGUUCCAAGACGCAAGAGCAGCGUGAAGCCGCACUGGCCUCCGUUCGGAGCGGUGCUACCGACGUUCUGGUCGCCACUGACCUCGCUGGUAGAGGUAUUGAUGUGCCAGACGUCUCACUUGUCAUCAACUUCAACAUGGCUACCUCUAUCGAGAGCUACACCCACCGUAUCGGUCGUACCGGUCGUGCCGGAAAGAGUGGUGUUGCUAUUACCUUCUUGGGUAAUGAGGAUUCUGAUGUCAUGUACGAUCUCAAGCAAAUGCUUAUUAAAUCCCCGAUCUCUCGUGUACCCGAGGAAUUGCGGAAGCACGAGGCAGCACAGUCUAAACCAACGCGCGGUCAAGGCAAGAAGAUCGAGGAUAGCUCUGGGUUUGGAGGGAAGGGUGGAUGGGCAUAA